ACACAGAAAGGCCAAUCAUAAUGCAGAUGUGCACGUGAUCCUCUCAGGUGGCUAGUAUAUAUAGAGGCUCCAACACUCAUUUCGGCACAACGAUCCAGGUCGCAGAAGCCUCAGCAGGAGUUCUGGGCCACUAGACAGAACAACCAUGAAGUUUCUGGCAGCUAUCUGUCUGCUCGCCGCAAGCGCGAGCGCACAGGUUGGGCAAUCAGGGAUCGUUAGUCCUGAUGGAAACAACAUCCAGUUCACGCAUGACUUUGCUCAUAGCAUUGUGCUCAGUGGACCUUCUGGCAUCGUGACAAGUGAUGGUAAGAACCUCCAGCUGACCGGAGGCCAGGCUGCCCUCCAUGCUGCCUCCCCACCGGCACCUCAGCCUGUGCCUCAGCUUGUCAUUUCCCGCAGCGUCGUUGGUCCCUCAGGAAUCGUGAGUCCUGCCGGAAAUGUUCAGUUCACUCAAGAGAUGGUUGACGACAACGUGUUGGUUGGUCCCUCCGGCAUUGUGACCAAGAGCGGCCAAAACAUCCAGUUCAACGAUCAAGGGCUUCCUCGCACCAAGCGCAGCGCCGGCUACGUCUUGCCCGCGGGCAACCUGGGUCAUUCUGGCAUCGUUAGGGCCGACGGCACCUUUGAACAAUUCAGCCACGACUUCGCUCACGAUAUUGUGCUUAUGGGACCUUCCGGCUUCGUGACCAAGAGCGGAAAGAACAUCCAGCUAACUGCUGACCUCCACAGAGUCAAGCGUGACCUUAGGGGUCCCUCUGGCAUGAUCCUUAAGGACGGCACUCAGGUGCAGUUCAAGACCGGCGAAACCACCGUCGUUCUUGAUGGCCCAUCUGGACUGGUUCUCAGCGACGGUACAUUGGUGCAGAGACGUGCAAAGCGUGACCUUGUGGGUCCCUCUGGCAUGAUCCUUGCUGACGGCACUCAGGUGCAGUUCAAGGAGGGCUUUGCCACUGUCGUAUUGGAAGGUCCCUCUGGAAUGCUGCUCAGCGACGGCACUCUGGUGCAAAAGCGUGUCAAGCGUAACCUCGUUGGACCCUCUGGCAUGAUCACCGCUGACGGCACCCCUAUCCAGUUCCCCGCCCACGCUGAGGCCGUCGUCACUGGCCCAUCUGGCAUUGUCUUCUCCAACGGACAGAACGUUCAGCUUCCUUAGAAAGACCACCGCAUAUGCACCAGGACUCUAGUCUAUACAUUCUUCCUGCUGACUUCUCUGCAUUUUUGACAAACGUUAAUUAUUCAUCACGAUGUACAGGUAAAAGAUUCCCGUAUAUAUAUAUAUAUACGAAUAAAGGUAACUGAAGCGA